AUGCUUAGAUCUGCUACGCUCCCUCUACAAGUCAAAGAACCAACCGUCAUCGCCUUUACUGGAAACACCUCUUUACCCCUGGAUCCUCUGAAACAAGCUCACCUUCGAGGGUUUGGGCUACACAGCGUCGGAAUUGGUCGCCAAAGCCACCUAGGAAGCGACCCUUUGGCACUCAGCAAAUACCUCCCUACCCUCGGUACUCUCGAAGACAGGACAGCCGAGAAAUCCCCCCAUACGAUCCACGACGGCGAUCUGCUGCACAGAUGGCGCAUGGCAAGCGAAUUCGCGAAUAUGAGGCAUGGGAUGGAUCAUCUCAGACUCCAGAGGAUCAGUGAUCGCAGAAAUCUCAACGGCGCAACGCUUCGUCUCCUCAGCCAUGGUAGCAGAAGCCCUGGCGGUCCUAACGGCACUUCGCAAGGCAAACUCGCUGGAGAUUAG